GUGUUGUAAGCGGCACAAACCAAAAUAUUGUCAAAAUUUUACAAAUUUUCUCGUGAAAACCAGCGAUUAUCCCUAUUCUGCUAUCUUGAUUGUAAAAUAAAUGUGAUAUAAUGAAAGAACAAACGGUAUAGUGAUAGUACAAUACCAUUUAGUCUGCGGAUUUUGCAUAAAAAGUGCAAAUUGCAGCCAUGAUGCGACCAGCUGGGGAACCUGGCCUUGGUCCAAGCCCAAGUUGUGGGCAUGGGGCCAGUUCUGGUGGAGACUCGGCUUCUCUCUUUCAGACAGGUGAUGCUGCAACAGGCGCCAGGUUAAUGCGGGAUGAGCAGAACAGCAGAAUACAGGGCCAGGAAAAGCAUGGUACCCCCAGCAGACAAGCUGCUGGCAACGCAUCAUUUGAAAAUCAUUUGUCAAAACAGAAUGUCGAAUACAAAGUAAUCCUGCAGUUCGAUGAUAGCUACUUAAAAACUGGACCUGGGAUAAUAAAGUUUAUUUUGACGCUCCUCUCGGUCAUUUCCCUCAUCUGCGUGACCAGCUCAGGGACCUACCUCGGUUCCUACCUACUUCUGCCCAUGGAUUGGCAUUUGAGAGCGUUUGUCUUCACUGCUGUUGGAUGUUUCUUGACCAGCCUACUCUUCCUGACCAUUCAGAUUACAGGCCUAAUCAAAAUGUUCCAAUUCAAUUGGCAUUUUGUGGAUCUUGCCGUCUUCUCAUGGUUCACCUUCCUCUACCUAUUUUCCUCCUCCCUGGUUGCCAGUGCCGUGGUUUAUUACAAGUCAAUCGAAGUCAAACCUUGGACCAUUGAGCAGUUGAUCAUUGCAUGCGUGCUUGGUUUCAUGUGCAUGGUAUUCUGUGGAUUGCUCGCACUGAAUGGCUACAGGAAGUGGCAUGGGUCUAGCCAGUUCCGGCGGUUCCGUCUUCAGGAGCUGGAGCGACUGGACCGAUUAUACAACUUGGAAAACGUCUAGAACCAGAAGCAUCAUACGAAUUGAAUGCGCUUUAAAAGUUUAAUAUGAAUGAGGUGCCACACUGAAUUCGGUUCAUACCGUUUUCAAUCCGCUUUAACCAACACAGUUCUUAAACCGAAUUGAAUACGAAUCAGUUAAGCCGCAUUAACGACAUCGAUUGAAAUUUCAGUGUGGCGCGCUUAAUACGUAUUAAGAAUUUUAUUCCCAAUGCGUAACUUCCUCUUCCGUUUCAUCACUUGCCAAAGAUUUUUAUCAAUUCCAAUCACUGUCACUAAUUCAUUAUUAUUCGGGAACGUGUUUACAAUCCCAGUUCACGGGGAUUGAAACUAUAGUGACUCCAUUUUGCCAAUCUGAGAUAAAGAAUCACCAGAACUCACCCGAAGUCCUCAAGGGUAAAAUUAUUUUCCGUAGGAUAUUGUCACUUUAGCCCUACUUUGCCUACGAACCAUAUUUCGACCGAAUUUUGGUGUUUGAUAGAGUUCUGGUGUUUGUAAGUUUGGAAAAAUGAAGUUUAUACUAUAGUUUCACCUUAAUCAAAGUUAAAAUUGUGAAGACUUGUUUGUUUUUAUUAUGUGUUCUUAUGGUAGGUAUCCCACCAUCUCUGGGGAGAAUGAUUGUAUUGUAUAUAUUUUUGUAAACUGUACAGUUUUGUGUAAAUGUUAUUGUUAUCUCCUGUUAGAGUUUACGAAAGUUGUUGUCAUGUGUGUUUACAUGUAGUGCAAAAUAUCACAAUUAGAUUUCAAUAUUACCAAGUAGAAAUUUGAGAACUUGAUAUUACCAGAUAUCCAUCAGGGUUUCCGCCAGAGGGGAUUCAUCCCCCCCUAAAAUAUUUCAAGGGGGGAUAUCCCCCCCUUAAAUUUGAGCACUGAAGUUUGUUUUACUGUCAAAUGAGUAAUUUUAAUAUUUAAAAUAAGAGCAUUUGGGAGCCAAUCGUAGCGGUUUUAGGGCCAAAAAACGUCUCAGGAGGGGUCUAUACCCUUUUUGAGAAAAAAAAUUUUUAGAAAUUUUUUUUUUUUUGCCCCCCUCAAAUUUAAUCCUGGCGAAAACCCUGUCCAUUACUCCCAUGAUGUGUAUCCAAGUUCUGAUCUAGUAAAUUUUCAUCAUUUUCGUCUGCAUUUAGUACAAGCCUGUACAUUAUAUAUGUGUAUUGUAAUUAUACUUCAUGGGGCAUUAAAAUCAAAACAAGGGAAAGACACGCUCGGGUUCCCAAUGUUUUACAAUCCGUGUUCAAUGUGAAAAUAUUCUGCUUAAGCUUCUUGUGAGUACAUGUAAGUGUAUCAUGUUUAAAAGAUGCAAUACAUAGUUUUAUGGUGCAAUAGUUUAUAGAUCUCUAGAAGCAAUAAUUUUUCAAUAAUAUGUUUCUUAUCACAUCAUAAUGUGUGCAAUUGUGAGUACCCGGUACUUCGUGUGAAGCCAGUCAUGAUACUCAGUAUAGCGUUGCUAAAACGGUUACACGGGACGAUCAGAUGAAUAUCUAUUAAGUUUUCUUCAGUUUUCUUCUAUGUCCUGCGUAAAAUCAGCUUUCAGCUUUGCUCUGAUUUCUUUUGACAAUCCUUCUCCAAUCAGGUGAUUACCGAUUAAACUUUCCAAGGAAAUUUUCAUGUAAAAAGAGAUAAUAGGUAAUUCAUGACAUUUCUUCUGUGGAUUUAUUGAAAGGUGGCAUGGUAUCAACUCAUCUUUGGAAGCAUUUCACCUGAGCCUUUUCAUUGUUAUGGUGAAUUGAUGCGUUGCAGGCCAGGCUUAUCUUAAUUGAAAACAAAAUACAUACAUUUUCCUGCCUGUGUUUUCUUUUUAUACGAAAGUCUGUUUGGUCAGGAUGAUCUUUUCGUGUGCAACUCGUUUUGUUCAAUGUGAUGUAAGAUGGCUCAAUGUUGUAGUGAAGUCUGUGAUCUGUCGUUUAUAUUGGUGUACAUGUAACUUGUUAUGUUUUGCAAUAAAAGGUCAAUCAUGAAA